AUGAAUGAUCUCGUCCAGACUGAUGGCUCUGUUCCUGAUUUCAUAACGCUUUUCUUCCCUGCAAACAAUGUCGAAAGCCAUGACGCCCUAAUCUUAGAGCCAUUACUUGCGUUGCAAGUUACCGAGAUGAAAGAUGGAGUUUUCAUCAGUUUUGGUUACAAUCACAUGGUGGCCGAUGGCUCUUCUUUCUGGAAGUUGAAGUUCUUCCACACUUGGUCCAAGAUUUGUCAGACCGGUUCAAGUUCUAAUUUUCAGCCUCUUGUUCUCAAAGAUUGGUUUCUCAACAAGAUUGAUUACCCGAUACAUAUUCCGGUUUCAGAGACGGAGAGGCCCCUAAAUAGUGAAACUUCAACUAAAGAGAGAGUUUUUCAUUUCUCAAAGAAGAAAAUUUCAUAUCUCAAAGCGAAAGCCAACGAAGAAGUUGGCUCCAUUGAUCCGAAAAUAUCUUCUCUUCAAGCGGUUUUAGCAUAUAUAUGGUUAUCAAUCAUUAGACACAGUGGUCUCAAACGAGAAGAAGAAACACAAUGCAAAGUAGCGGCGGAUAUGAGGCGGAGGCUAGACCCUCUUAUCGAGAAAGAGUGUUUUGGGAAUUUGACCGAUCUCGCGAUAGCUACAACCACUGUGGGAGACUUGUUGGAUCAUGGGAUGGGCUGGACUGCUUUGCAAAUAUGUAAACCUGUGAGGUCACAAACGAAUGAAAGUUAUAAAUCUUUUUCUGAAAAUUGGGUUAGGAAUGUUAAGAUCCCCAAAAUAGGGGUUGGAAGUAGAAUAGCUGAUAAUUCUUUGAUCGUUGCUAGCUCUCCAUGGUUUGAAGUAUACGAUCAUGAUUUCGGUUGGGGAAAACCAAUUGCGGCUCGAGCUGGACUGGGUAAUGGUAUUGGUGGUUUACUUGUAUUGUUUCGAGGAGUUGAAGAAGGGAGUAUUGAUGUCCAUGCGGCUUUGACGUCAUCUUUAUGGUCUGAUGUACUAUUGAACCUGGUGGCCGAAUGA